UGUUCAAAGUCCGUUGGCACAACACGUUAACCCCUGGAAGUUUAAAUACAGUCUUUUACAAUCAUCGUUUAAAUCGUGCAAUCUAAGAAACUGGGUCAAGGCACAAGAAAAUUGGCUACGUGUUCGCUAUUAAUUGUAGGCUCGCUGUCUUGACUUAGCUGUGGUGUGAGUGAACCCGUAUCGCCAUGACGACCCACGUGACCCUCGAGGAUGCGCUGUCCAACGUGGACCUGCUGGAGGAGCUGCCCCUCCCAGACCAGCAGCCCUGCAUCGAACCGCCCCCCUCCUCCAUUAUGUACCAGGCCAACUUUGACACCAACUUUGAGGACAGGAACGCCUUUGUCACGGGAAUCGCCCGCUACAUCGAGCAGGCGACUGUCCACUCCAGCAUGAAUGAGAUGCUGGAGGAGGGGCAUGAGUAUGCUGUCAUGCUCUACACCUGGAGGAGCUGCUCUCGAGCGAUCCCUCAGGUGAAGUGCAACGAGCAGCCCAACCGGGUGGAGAUCUAUGAGAAGACCGUGGAGGUGCUGGAGCCCGAGGUGACCAAGCUGAUGAAGUUCAUGUACUUCCAGCGGAAGGCCAUCGAGCGCUUCUGCAGCGAGGUCAAGCGGCUGUGUCACGCGGAGCGGAGGAAGGACUUCGUGUCGGAGGCGUACCUGCUGACCCUGGGGAAGUUCAUCAACAUGUUCGCCGUGCUGGACGAGCUCAAGAACAUGAAGUGCAGCGUGAAGAACGACCACUCCGCCUACAAGCGGGCGGCCCAGUUCCUCAGGAAGAUGGCCGACCCGCAGUCUAUCCAGGAGUCCCAAAACCUCUCCAUGUUCCUGGCCAAUCACAACAGGAUCACUCAGUGUCUGCACCAACAGCUGGAGGUGAUUCCAGGUUAUGAGGAACUUCUGGCUGAUAUUGUUAACAUCAGCGUCGACUACUACGAGAACAAGAUGUACCUGACCCCCAGCGAGAAGCACAUGCUGCUCAAGGUGAUGGGAUUUGGGCUGUACCUGAUGGAUGGUAACGUCAGCAACAUCUACAAGCUUGACGCCAAGAAGAGGAUAAACCUGGGGAAGAUCGAUAAGUUCUUUAAGCUCCAGGUGGUGCCCCUGUUCGGGGACAUGCAGAUCGAGCUUUCCCGCUACAUAGAGACCAGCACCCACUACGAGGAGAACAAGUCCAAGUGGACCUGCACACAGAGCAGCAUCAGCCCGCAGUAUAACCUGUGUGAGCAGAUGGUGCAGAUCCGGGAGGACCACAUCCGCUUCAUCUCAGAGCUGGCUCGCUAUAGCAACAGCGAGGUGGUGACAGGCUCGGGGCUGGACAGCCAGAAGUCUGACGAGGAGUACAGGGAGCUGUUCGACCUGGCGCUGCGCGGCCUGCAGCUGCUCUCCAAGUGGAGCACGCACGUCAUGGAGGUGUACUCGUGGAAGCUGGUGCACCCCACAGAUAAGUUCUGUAAUAAGGACUGUCCCGGGACGGCGGAGGAGUACGAGCGCGCCACGCGCUACAACUACACGAGCGAGGAGAAGUUUGCGCUGGUGGAGGUGAUGGCCAUGAUCAAAGGGCUGCAGGUGCUGAUGGGACGCAUGGAGAGCGUCUUCAACCAGGCCAUCCGCAACACCAUCUACGCCGCGCUGCAGGACUUCGCCCAGAUGACCCUGCGCGAGCCGCUGAGACAGGCCGUGCGCAAGAAGAAGAACGUGCUCAUCAGCGUCCUGCAGGCCAUCCGAAAGACCAUCUGUGACUGGGAGGGGGCGCGGGAGCCCCCCAACGACCCCUGCCUGAGAGGGGAGAAGGACCCCAAGGGCGGGUUCGACAUCAAAGUGCCCCGCCGAGCCGUGGGGCCGUCCAGCACACAGCUGUACAUGGUGCGCACCAUGCUGGAGUCGCUGAUCGCUGAUAAGAGCGGGUCCAAAAAGACCCUGCGCAGCAGCCUGGACGGGCCCAUCGUGCUGGCCAUCGAGGACUUCCACAAGCAGUCCUUCUUCUUCACCCACCUGCUCAACUUCAGCGAGGCCCUGCAGCAGUGCUGUGACCUCUCCCAGCUCUGGUUCCGCGAGUUCUUCCUGGAGCUGACCAUGGGCCGCAGGAUCCAGUUCCCCAUCGAGAUGUCCAUGCCCUGGAUCCUCACCGACCACAUCCUGGAGACCAAGGAGCCCUCCAUGAUGGAGUACGUGUUGUACCCGCUGGAUCUGUACAACGACAGCGGCUACUACGCCCUGACCAAGUUCAAGAAGCAGUUUCUGUACGAUGAGAUCGAAGCAGAGGUGAAUCUGUGUUUUGACCAGUUUGUCUACAAGUUGGCGGAUCAGAUAUUUGCGUACUACAAGGCGAUGGCGGGCAGCGUCCUCCUGGACAAGCGCUUCCGGGCGGAGUGUAAGAACUAUGGCGUGAUCAUCCCCUACCCCCCCUCGAACCGCUACGAGACGCUGCUGAAGCAGAGGCAUGUGCAGCUCCUGGGCCGCUCCAUCGACCUGAACCGCCUGAUCACCCAGAGGAUCUCCGCUGCCAUGUACAAGUCCCUGGACCAGGCCAUCAGCCGCUUCGAGAGCGAGGACCUCACCUCCAUAGUGGAGCUGGAGUGGUUGAUGGAGAUUAACCGUCUGACGCAUCGCUUGCUGUCGAAGCACAUGACCCUGGACAGCUUCGACGCCAUGUUCCGCGAGGCCAAUCACAACGUCUCCGCCCCUUACGGACGAAUCACGCUGCACGUCUUCUGGGAGCUCAACUUCGACUUCCUGCCCAACUACUGCUACAAUGGCUCCACCAACCGGUUCGUUAGGACAGCCAUUCCCUUUACCCAGGAGCCUCAGCGGGACAAGCCGGCCAAUGUGCAGCCAUACUACCUGUACGGGUCAAAGCCCCUGAACAUCGCCUACUCACACAUCUACAGCUCCUACCGGAACUUUGUGGGACCCCCCCACUUCAAGACCAUCUGCCGUCUCCUGGGUUACCAGGGCAUCGCCGUGGUGAUGGAGGAGCUGCUGAAGAUAGUCAAGAGCCUGCUGCAGGGCACUAUACUGCAGUACGUGAAGACGCUCAUAGAGGUGAUGCCCAAGAUCUGCAGACUGCCACGGCACGAGUACGGAUCACCAGGCAUCCUGGAGUUCUUCCACCACCAGCUGAAGGACAUCAUCGAGUACGCCGAGCUGAAGACCGAUGUGUUCCAGAGUCUGAGGGAGGUGGGGAACGCCGUGCUGUUCUGCCUACUGAUCGAGCAGGCCUUGGUGUCCCAGGAGGAAGUGUGUGACUUACUGCACGCCGCCCCCUUCCAGAACAUUCUGCCCCGCGUCUACAUCAAAGAGGGGGAGCGUCUGGAGGUGAGGAUGAAGAGGCUUGAGGCGAAGUACGCCCCGCUUCACCUGGUGCCCCUGAUCGAGAGGCUGGGGACCCCACAGCAAAUCGCGAUCGCGCGGGAGGGGGACCUGCUGACGAAGGAGCGGCUGUGCUGCGGCCUGUCCAUGUUCGAGGUCAUCCUGACGCGCAUACGCAGCUACCUGCAGGACGCCGUGUGGCGCGGGCCGCCGCCCACCAACGGCGUGAUGCACGUGGACGAGUGCAUGGAGUUCCACCGGCUCUGGAGCGCCAUGCAGUUUGUGUACUGCAUCCCCGUGGGCACCCACGAGUUCACUGCAGAGCAGUGUUUCGGAGACGGGCUGAACUGGGCCGGCUGCUCCAUCAUCGUCCUGCUGGGCCAGCAGCGCCGCUUCGACCUGUUCGACUUCUGCUACCACCUGCUCAAGGUGCAGAGGCAGGACGGCAAGGACGAGAUCAUCAAGAACGUGCCCCUGAAGAAGAUGGCCGACCGCAUCAGGAAGUACCAGAUCCUGAACAAUGAGAUCUUCGCCAUCCUUAAUAAGUACAUGAAGGCAGUGGAGACGGACAGUUCCACCGUAGAGCACGUCCGCUGCUUCCAACCUCCUAUACACCAAUCCCUGGCCACUACCUGCUGAGAAAAACCCUCCCCCCCGAAAACCCACCAAUCCCUGGCCACUACCUGCUGAGAAAAACCCUCCCCCCCGAAAACCCACCAAUCCCUGGCCACUACCUGCUGAGAAAAACCCUCCCCCCGAAAACCCACCAAUCCCUGGCCACUACCUGCUGAGAAAAACCCUCCCCCCCGAAAACCCACCAAUCCCUGGCCACUACCUUCGGAGAAAAACCCUCCCCCCCGAAAACCCACCAAUCCCAGGUCCCUAGGCUCAUCACUGUAGCCCCGCCCACAACCUCUCUGCUCUGAAUGUCCAUUAGAGCAGAACUCAUUACCUGGUUGGUUCUGAGAGUAAAUGUAGUUUUAGCCCCGCCCCCCUGGUGCAGAUCCACGCUCCUCGGUCCUUACACAGGUACGCAGAAUAAGGGCGGGGCUCCACCACAGGUAACCCCGGCAACCGGGUGAACAGGAACAUCCCGCCCCUCCUCGAGCGUGAGGAAGCGUUGCACAUUUCCUCACCUGUUAAAACAAAAGAACAAGGUAAUGUCUGCUUUGUGCAGCUCGAAACCAUCCUAAAAAAACAAAAACAAGAACAAAAAAGGACUUGAUGCUCUCAGAGAUUACCCCCAAUCAACAGCCUGGAUUUCACAGUAGCAUCCACAACCUAUAAUAUUAUCAAAUCAAUGAAUUUGGCAGAACGCAGAAUGAAUAUACGGCCUUGUUCAAUAUAACUGCAAAGAGUUCCACAGAGCAAUGCAUUAAUCAGUCAGUCUUUUUCUUUUUACCCAGCUUUGUGUGUGUAGUUUCAGCUGAGGACAGGUUGCUUUGGGGUUAGAUUGGAUCAGGCCCCUGAGGGAGGGGAAUGAUUCACGUUUUCUCUUCAGCUGCUCAGAACUGCUUUGGUUUGUUUGGUUUUGUUGCGUUUCCAUGACGUUCCAUCUCACUGUGUGGACUACUGUAUCCCUCAGAACUGCUUUCUGUAAAUAUGUUUUAAUGUUCCAUUAUUUUAAUGCCACUCCUUUUAACUGUAGUCAAGCCCACUGCCUUUGCCUGCUUUACUUCCUGGAGAAGAAUCUCCACAAAUCCUCCAUUUUAUUUUACUGGCAGGUAUUGAGAGCUGACCCUUAUAGGCCAGAAUCAGUCCAGUGGCACUUUAAUCAGGCCCCCCACCAACACAAAGACCCCCCCCCCCCCUUAACCCUCUAAGAAAGCUUUAAUGGGGGAAUAAACAUUCAGAAUGCGUGCCAGCUCCUCACAGAGGGACAAAACCGGACUCAUCCCUGAAAAAGAACUCAUCCAUGCGAGAUACAGUCAACUGACAAACAGCCAGCCCGUGGGUGGAGAUAAUUCUGUUAAUUAGCUGAUUUUUUUUCUUUUUUUUUGUUGUUUUUAAUCGAGCGAAAGGACAAAAUAAACAGACGAGAGCAUUGAUUUUACAGUUACAGAUGAGGAUUCUGCCUCUUCUGUUUUGAAGGGGCAGUUCUCCUAAAAAUGAAAAUGAGGUAGGUUUUAAAUUACCUGGUAGUAUCUGUCCAUCCAGGUAGUUUAGCUGAAAUGUGACGAGUUUUCUAGAAGCAGUAGCUCAGGUUCGUGAGUAACCGGGGGAUUAUAUUUGGAAAGAGACGUUGUUGAAUUUUUCAAAUGUUAAAUUUUGGCACUUUGAAGCCACACAAAAAUGUACCCGUGAGGUGCGUUUUAUCGGAUUGAGCUGCUGUGAAUGUCUAGAAAACAUUUCAGCUAAACUGCCUGGAUGCUCAUGCGUUACCACGGGGAUAUUUGGUUUGAAGAGAAGCGAAGGACAGCCGCCUGUCACCUCCCCACCAGCCCACCCCCGUUGGGUCAAAGUAACGUCAGUACAACUCACAGAGGACCUGAGCUUCAAAGCCCUGACUCGCCCUCAAACAGGCUCCUUUCAAAACGGAAAAUAAUGCAACGGUCAGGAUCCAAAAGAUGUUGAAACGGUAGGUUUCUGUCAUUGUGUGCGUCACAUGUUGUGUGAUUUUAUUUUAUUUUUUAAUCACUGUAUUGUACAGAGAACAGCCUCAGAUGGUGGUAUGGUAAUGUUGACGCACGUGACCCCUGACCCCUCUACCCUGUGGGGGGAGCGCAGUGUAAAUACCAGCUCCAUCAGAUCCACAUAUACAUAACCACUGAAGAGAGAGAUAUAUAUAUAUGAAAGAUGCCAGAGCAACAACUCUGGGUUUUUUUUGCUUUUAUUUAUUGUAACUUUUUCAUAGUUUUCUGGCUUCAGAAAUGAACAGGAGGAUUUUCCCCAUUCACCACUGCUGUGUAUUUCAUUGACAAAGUGAGGUACUGAGUGUUGUAACGGUUUUGCUUUUAAAAAAAAUAAUAUUGGUAAUUUAAUCUGUAUCUUCAUAAUUAUGUUGGUUCUACUUUUGACAAGAAAUGUCAUCUAUUUUUGCAAGUCAGAUCCUUAAUGCUGUUUGUCUGUUAAACAGUUUUAUAUUAUUUAGAUAUGCAAAACACAGUGGCAUCAUUACACCUUUCUCGACAAACCCCAUCAGAGAAAGAUGUGUGGAAUUUUAUCCAGACACGAUUGGUUGAAAUGUGUGUCUCAAGCAAAUGCCCUGAAUAGAACCAGUAGUGUAACCCAAUUGGAAAAAAGGUAAAAAUGGGGAGGAGUUGAGUUGUCUUUGAAAAUUACAGACCACUCCGAUUCCCCUCUUACUAACAGAGCACUCUGGGAAUCUGAGUAAAAUCGUUGGUUGCUUUUUCGCCCCUUACUCCAACAGCUGGGUAGUCUGGAAACAAGUCAGUAUUUGCAGUUAUUGGCUCUUUACUUUCAGUGUUACCAAAUCAUGCAUUUAAUAUAUUUAUAUCUAUUUUCCAUUUUAUAUUUGACUGAAACAACAUUUUUAGUAAAACAAAAAGUCUUAAACAAAAAUGCAUGGCAGCUUCUGUUAUAAAGUUUUUAUUUUGAAUACGUGUCCUUAGGCCUAAUUUAGCAUUUUCUUUCAAGUUUUUGUUUUAAGGAAUUUUGAUUGCUUUUACGUUUUUAAAUAGUGCUUUCCACUGUUCCUUAAUUGAUAUUUAUUAAUAUAAUUAUACUUUAUUUUUCCUUUAAGGGGUGAACAUUUAAAUUGAAAAAAAAAACAAAAAAACAAUGAAGCAUCAUUUUAAAAUCUUAGCAUGGCAGGUGUACUUUAUUGUGGUCAUGGCCCUGUUUGUGAGGUUUUGUUCAUAUUGUUGUUACGAGUGAUCAUGUUCUGGAAUAUAAAAGAUGAAAAUAAACUACACAACAAACAGUCCAGAGGAACUGAAAUAAUGUUGUAUUUCCAUGAAAUAAAAAAAAUUCUAACUGAAA